AUGAAUCGGUCGAUUACAAAGAGUUUUCAGACAUUCGACGAAGAGUUGGAGUGUGUUAUCUGCACAGGCCGUCUGCUAAAUGCCAAGUUCCUCCAAUGCCUUCAUAGUUUUUGCGCCGAGUGCCUCGAGCGAUGUGUGACAGUUCGAGGUAACAUAGAAGGCACUUGCCGCCUCCGUUCCAUCCCCUGUCCUCUCUGUCGCGAGGAAACCAUUUUACCUGAUAAUGGAAUCAACGGGCUGAAGCCAAAUAACCUGGCAAACAAGGUUGUCCAGGCCUUGGAGGGCAAUGACCACUGUGCCAAGUUGAUGGAUUCUGAAUUGUGUUGUGAGUCGUGCCGUACGAAGCGUUCUCGAGCAGUUGCCUACUGUCAAGACUGCCGCCAUUUUAUCUGUCGUGAUUGUGUGGGGUCGCACUCCUCCCUGAAACAGAUUCUGAGUGGACACCGCAUUAAGCCUCUCAAUGACCUUCGAAGGAGUCUGGUAAAGACCAAGAACGGGUACAAGGACGCCAACCACGGGAAGACAUGCUACCAGCAUAACGGACAGGUCAAGACGCACUUCUGUGAGACAUGCUCAAUGCUUGUGUGUAUCCGCUGCACAGGAGAUACCCAUCCCGAACCGCAUCACGUGUGCGUUGAGGCAAAAGACGCGGUAAAAACGCGAUUACGUAGCAUUCAAGAGCUCGUCGAACAAGGCCACGAUAAGCAGAAGGAAGUUGCAGACGCGCUACGAACGAUAGAUCGUCAACGCAACGAGGCGCGGCACGUCGUCCGCUGCCUGCAACAAGAGAUAAACGAUGCAGCUGACGCCGCGGUUGAGAACGCUCUCAAAAGCAUUGAUUUUCAGCGGUUAACCCUUCUCAAAGAAACAGACAGGCUGGACGAGUUCCUAACCGGAAAGUAUGACGAACUUGAAGCAGCGCGACUUGGUGUAGGAUCACUCCUUUCUAACGCGAGAAGCUUCGGUGUCAAAUUGAUGAAGAACCCAAGUGUCAAAGUACUUCUGACCUUCGACAAACUUAACACGACCUUGCACAAUUUAGUAUCGGAGCAGUGGGACAAAGCGUCGGUUGACUACAUCCAUAGUAUCACCAAGAACGUGAGGUUUGAGUCACAGGAGAACGCACAGUGGGUGUCGGUCGGGACCCUUGUCGAUCCAAAUCAGUGGUCACUCUCUAGAAGUAUCCCUAUUCCCGAGUCUAAGUCGGGCGAGGUCUCAUCGAUGUCGUACUGCUCCAGCGGAUCACUCUUCCUCGCCCACUUCAACGGCGUCGUCGAGGAGAUGACCGUCGACGGGAAGAUCACCCACGUCCUCAACACAGGUUCCGACAUCCGUGACAUGGCCGUUCUCUCCGACCGCACGAUCGUCAUUCUCGACGGGACAUGGCAAAUCGCGGUCUACGACCCAACCGGCAAAAAGUCCCGCAUGAUCCAUUCGAAGAAUGGCAGCACGGGUUUCACAUGUCUUACCGCGGACGCAGACGAUAUGAUUUUCGCGGGAGAAUUCCAUCGCGAUACGAUAUCCGUCUUCGCGAAAGAUGGGCGCCAAGUCGAAUCAAUACCCGCCGGUGGGAUCACGCCGUACCGCAUCGUUGUCGCAAACUCGGGCCAGAUUGUUCUGUCCCAUAGCCCUGCUUCCGUGUCCGUCUUGAAUCGCGAUGGAGAUGUAGAGUGCACCGUCCAUCGCAAGCAAUGGCAGUACGCUCUCGUCUGUUGCGACACCAAAGAGAACAUUUACAUCCUCUCUGGGAGUCGGGAUGAAAAGAAACUCAUCUCAGUGCACAAAUACACACUGGAGGGUUACAUCGUCGAAUGCGUAGUCCGACAUGUUGAAGUCGACGUUGGCUCGUGGCAUCCGAGAAUCGACUGUACGCCUGACGGUAACUUGGCGCUUGUGACCAAAACGAAAGUCGACAUCUACAGCAGCAGGUCUGUGAUCGAGCGGGAAAGAAAAGAGCUGGAGCAGGAGGAUUCUGAAAGAAAUGAAAUGCAAGAGGAAAAUUCACAGCCCUGA